AUGUUUAAAAAGGUCACAGAGUUGUAUUUAAGCAUCAUCAUGUAUAAUAGAAAAUUUUAAUUUUAGGGUAUAAUUAGUUUAUUGCAGUUGUGAAGUAUUCAAAAUAAUCACAACCCCAGAUACAGGUGAAAGAUUAAUUGAAUAAGAUUUAUCUACACUUGUUCCAUUAGAUUAUGCUUGGGGUGUGUGGACAAAAUAUUCUUAAUUUUAUGCUUCCGUUGACAAUCUUGCCUUGCCGAUCUAAUCUCUGCAUGUUGUAACAGAAAAAAAGUCCAAUAUUGCCUAUUUAGUGUAUUACAUUACUUUGAACUAAGAGGAAAAAUCAUUCACUCACAAUCUUUAUAUAUUUCAUUAAGGCUCUUAUCAAAUAAGAGAACUCAAAAUAGAUCAAUCAAUUGCAAUCGAAAAAUGGGUGUUUUUCUACUUUUGUUAUUAAGAGUCGUUGGCAAAAUAUAAUAUUUUCUUAUACAUCUAGAAUGAGGAUGAAAAUGUGUAGAUGAUUGAAGGAGGGCCUUAUACUCUAGAAAUUAGAGAUUAUAAAUAGUAUUUUCUUGGUGGAUCAUCCAUAGUAUACAUGAAUCUAAAUUUAGUUUACUCUUGCCUUGGAUUCCAAAUCAUAGCAAUUAAAUGAAUUUUCUGGAUAAAUUAGCAGCAUGGAUCUAAGAGAAGGCUCUAAAUACUAUUAUUCAGAUAUUCCAACAUUUUUAAAUAACAUAGAACUAAAUUGCGAACCAGAGAUUUGUGAAAAAAUUAUUGUUAUGCCCAUAAUUUCAUAUAUGAAAGGUGGAACUAUGUUACAACAGCCUGUAGCUUAUAUUAAUAGUAAAUUUAUGUUAUCUGGAUGGAUCAUAUUAAAAGAUGUGGCAGAAGUAAUUAUGUAAUGAAUUUUAGUUAUAAACCCUUGAGAGUGUGUUAUUCAGGGCUACAUUAAGAUAUUCAUACUUUUAGGAUAAGUAUUAAGGAGAUAAAGCAAUAUAUUGGAAAUAUAUUCAAAGUUCUCUUAAUGAAAAUUUAAACGGAUUUUAAGUUACAACUUAUCAUAAUAAUCAAUCAGAAGGCUUCAAUUAAUAUUAAACCUAAGAUAGCGAUUCUUGGUUAGAAUUAAACUAAUAUUAUUUUGAAGCAUUAACAUUUUGGCACUGGUUUGUAUAUCAAGAAGGAAUAGAUGAAGAAAAUAACAUCAAAUUGACAAUUUAUUUUGGCUCUGGAGAAUAAGAGAAAAUAUUCACAAUGAAAUAAUAACAUAUUUAAAAUGCCAAAUUGUAUUUUCAUAUCGGAGGAGAUAAUUACAACUAAAAUUUUAAUGGAUCAAUUCGUAAUUUAACCUUCAGAUAUUGUUAUAAUGAUGAUACUCCAAUCCCUAAAUGUAUUGUAAAUUAUGAUUAAUAGUGUGCCAUUAUUCUUGUAAAGCAUGCUUUGGUCCACUAGAAAGUCAUUGUUUAUCAUGUGAGGAUACUUUGACUUCAAAGAGAUCACUUUCAAAGUCAAAAUGUUAAUGUUAAGAUGGAUUUGUGGAUGACGGAAGUUAAAACUGUAAACGUAUAAAAUUCACAUUAUUUUAGCUCGAGGGAAUAUUCUAAAAAAUAUCAAUAUUUAGGAAGCUUUAGAAUCAGAACAUAUGGGAUGUCAAAGAUACUAAUUCUAAGUAAAAAUAAAUGAAAGCUUAUAUUGUUUGGAUUGUCCUGGAGCAAUUUCUCCCUAUGGAUUAUAUUGUAUUGAUUGUAUUUAGAAUCCUAUCUCAUGGUAUUUGAAUCCAAAAUGCACAACUGAUUACCUAUAAACUUUUUCAAAUGAUACAAAUUAUGUAUUCAUAAAAAAAGAGAGAAAAUUACAAGAUGUCGAAUACUAUUUAAUAAAUUAGCCAAUUAUCUCGAAAUAGCCCAUCCUUGAACCAUGCUUUGGAUGUUUCGAUAAAGUAGAUCAUUCUUUCAAUUUUAUUGAAAAAUACACCUUGAAUAGAAUCUCAAAAUUUUUAUGCAAGAGUUGUUAUCAACCAAUUAAUGGGGAAUGUGUAAAUGUAAAUUUAAAUUGUGAUGAAUGCAAUAAUUAUCAAUAAUGUUUAAGUUGUCAAACAAACUAUACUCUAUUUGAAAACAAAUGUUUGGAAUGUCCAUCCGAAUGUCCUAAUUGUAAAUACAAUAUAACUGGAUAGUAUUGUAAUGAGUGUAUAACUGGAUAUUAUUUUAAUUCAACUCUUGAACAAUGUCAGCAAUGUGGUUAAUUCUGUAAAGUUUGUAUUUUUUCCUCUGUAUUGGAUAAUCUACAAUGUAUAAGAUGCAUACACGAUUAAGAUUAUUUCAUAUCUGCAGAAAAAAUAAAUUGCAAAAAGAAAACGCUACCAAAUUGCGAGAUUGAAGUAGCAGAACAUUAUAUAGUUUAUUUUAAUUCAAGUUACCUUUUAAAACCUUAAUAAUAUAGUAAUUCUCUUGACAUAGUUGCUUUCAAAGAAACACUUCCAGUAUUUUAAGUCUGUCUUAAAUGCGAAAAUGGAUAUAUAAAUAAAAUGUACAUUCAAUCAUAGUAUGAAUGUGUCACCAUAGAUUCAUUAGGGCCAAUAUUACCUUAAGAGUUAAAGCUCAAAUUACUUGACUCGAAAAACAAUGAUUUCCAAUUAGCUUUAUAUAGUUUGCCACCAUCUCCAUUACCACAAUUUUUUAUCAUAUACGGAAAUAAUGUUAAUUCUUACUCUAGUAUUACUAUUAUUUCUAAUCCAAUUUCUGGUCCUUUCUGCAAAGAUUCUAAAUGUAUGGUGUGUGUAGAUAAUUAUGUUCAAGAAUCAUAAUAUUGUAUGCAAUGUUAUAACGGAUAUUAUUCAGAUACAUUUCUUGGAAAAUGCUAUCAAUGCCCAUCAAACUGUUCCUAAUGUGUCGAAUAAAACAAAAAGUAUUAAGAUGCUUGGAAAUGGCAAUAUAAACCAAACUAUCAUUUUAGGAAUUACUUAUUAGGAGGUUAGCACAAUUUCAAUGCAUAUGGAACUAAAUUAGAUUUAGAAAAUUUAGAAGUCGUUUGCACAGCUUGCCCAUAAAAUGGUAUACUUUACAAUAAUAAAUGUUAUCCAAAAUGCAACUGUGAUGCUUGUAUUAUAGAGAAUGAUCAAUCUGUGUGUAUUAGUUGUUAAAGUUUAAAUACAAAAACUGCAUAUAGUGGACAAUGUCAUCUUUGCCCAAAAUUUUGUGAAUUAUGUAGGGAAAUCACUGAAGAAGAGAAAUUUAAUAUUAAUCCUUAUUUCUAACCAGAUGACAUUAACUUAGGAAUAUAUGCUUAGCAAUGUAUUAAACGUUAAUCUUAACCUCCUACUUCUGGUAUAUUGUACUAUGAUCCCUCUUUGGGUUAUGAAAUUAAUUGUCUAAAUCCUUAAAAGAAAGAUUGCUAUCUUUAUCUUGAAAUUCCAAUAAAUUUAUAUUGUUCAAAGCAAUCUUUUGAUCAUUAUUUUAAUAAGCUAGAAACUUAAGAAGAAUAAGAUGACUUUUUAAGCAAAAAUGCUCUUAUUUCGAAUAUAUUUUCAACUGCCAAUUUCAACCAUUUAUCUGUGGAAACUAACUAUCUAUUUAAUGAAUUAAACCAAAAAAGCGUAAAAUUAGUGAGAUAUAUCUUAACCUUAUUACCAAACGCAGGAGAUUGCUUGAUCACAAAAAAUGCAUUUCUUAAAUCAGAAAUCCGUCGAAAUGUCUUCACUUUACAAUAUUUAGAAUUAGUUUUGCAAUCUUAGAGUGGUAUGUAAAUUUAUCUUGAGGAUAAUAUUACUUUUUAUGAAUUCACUUCAAUUAACUUCAAAAAUCUUUAGCUUAUUCCAAAUAGUAAUAUAACUUACAUAAACAUUAAGAAUUUAUUUGGUGUGUCUGUAAUAAUAGAGGAAAUUACAUUAAUUAAUAUCAACUAAAAUUAAAUCUGCAUAUAGAUCUAAAAUCCAACAAAUAUAAUUAUGAAAAAUGUGUAAAUUUAAGAUUCUAAACUAUUAAAUCUGAAUGGAAUUAUAAAUUAUUAUUUUACUUAAAAUUUAACAAAACCUUUGGUGUUUGAAAUUAAUCAAUUUCUAAUCUUCAAUUGUGUAAUAAUCAAUUCAAAAUUAAUUGUUUAAAUUUUGGAUACUGGAUAUGGAAAUCAAGAGCUCAAAAUCAAUAAUCUCAAGUCAUUCAAUAAUAAAUAUGAGUCAUCUAUUCUUUUGUAAACUAAAUUUAUGAAUUCAAUUAGGGAAUCCAUUAUCCACAUUGAAUAAUUCAAUUCAGAAUAUGAUGAAUUAGCUAAUUCAAAUCUAAUUAAUGUACCAGGAGCAUUAAGCGUAAAAUUAAUCAACGUUAAAGUUUCUAAUGGGAUAUUCAAUCUUAAAGCAUAACUAUUCAAACUACCUUUAUUUUCAGUUGAUAAAAUGUUAAUAUCAAACAAUAAUUUCAAUAGUCCUGAUAGCGUCGUAAUAACAAAUAAACUUGAUACAUUAUACUAGGACAAUAUCAAAACAAAUAUAAUUUCAUUUAACACAAUAACUUAUAUUAAUAAUAAUUUUAUUGGAAGCAAAGUGUUCAUAGAACUAUUGCAAAGCGAUCAAUUUUUGAAUUUAGAUGUUAGGAUUAAUGGAUUGACUAUUCAAUCCAAUAAAUUUACAAACCAAAAUGAAAUGACUUCUGUAAAUACAGCUAAUUCUUCUUUAUAUUUUGAUGUGAAGUAUAUUAAUAUGGAGAAUGUUAACAUUAUUAGAGCAUUCACUCUCCCAGAGAUAUCUAUUAGCAAUGCGGACUAGAUAGUGAUAAAUAAUUUCAAAGCUACUUUAGAAAAUGAAUAUAAAAUUAAAUUGUUCCAUUAAUAAAGUUCUUGUUUAUAGAAGAAUAUAGAAAUUGGGUAUGGUAGCAUGAUUUUGGUAUAUAAUGCUAAAAUUUUUUUAAUUAAGAAUCUGGAGAUUAGAGGCUUAAUAGCUAUCAAUUAGCCUAUUAUAACAGUUAAAUCUUUGGAAAGAACGAAUAUAAGAAAUUUUGAAAAAAUUGAAAUGAAACUUCUUAACUUGGUAAAUAAUACCUUAAUUCUGACUAAACUUUCAGAGCAGCCUAGCGUUAUUAGCAUAAUAUCUGAGUAAGAGUAGAAAAUCAAUUUGCAAGACAUUACAGUUUUUAAUAACCAUCAUCAUACUUAUCAAGAAGACCAAAUCUAUAAAUAAUCAUCAACAAUUUACAUAUAGAAUCCUAACUCGGAAAUUAUAUUAAGUAAUUCUUCUUUUGAAAAUAACAUAAUCACAAAUAAUUAAGGGGCUAAUUUAGUAUUUAUUGGCAACAGUCUCAAUAUUACGGAUAGUUAUUUUAAUUCUUAAAAUUAAUAUUUAAAGGAUAGAUUAAUUUGGGGAUAUCUAUAAGAUGAAAUUACUUAUGUUGAGAAUUUGUAUGAAAUUUUCCCCAUCAGGUCUAAGGGAGGAAAUGCAUUUUGCUAAGCUAACACAAUUUACUUUUGGAAUGUUUCAAGUUAAAAUUCAGUGGCUUAUUAAGGAGGAGCAUUCUAUUUUGGAACUUAAUCUUAUGGGGUUCUUGAAAUUUAGAAUUGUAAUUUCAAUUUCAGCCAAACCAAUUUAUAAAUGUAGAGAAAUCACAAGGGGGAACAUUAUUUAUUGACUCUUCUCAAUCAGAUUUAAAUUUAUUAAUAUCAAACAAUCUGUUUUCGUAAAGUUUUAGUAGGUAAGAAGGAGGAACAAUCUUUUUAGAACCUUCAAGAAAUAAGAAUUAGAUAGUAAUUUCAAAAAAUGUAAUUUUAAAUGUUUAUUCAUUGGCAAUCGCUUUCUUUAAACUUCCUAUAAUUUUUAUGAGCAACUCUCUAAUUUUGAAUGUUGUAAUUUCUGAUUUAUUAAUUAAAAAUACAUAUCAAGGUUUUCUAUAAUACUUAGGUAGAAUUAAUAAUUUAAGCGAAUAAGAAAUAAAAUUUUAAGCAAAAAAUUAUCUAAUCUCAAUUGAAAGAGGCAAUAUUACUUUAGAGAAUUGCAAUUUUAGAGAUUUAUUAGAUUACGGCGUUAUGGAAAUAAUAAAUGCGGAAUCAAUUACUUUAAAAAACAUUGAGAUAUCAAAUUAAACAUUAAUUAGUGGAAGCACACUGAACUUUAAGCUAAAUAAAAGUACAUAAUUUUUCAUAUUUUAGAAUAACUGACAGUUGUGUAAUUAGUCAAUGUUUAGUUAGUAUCUUUCAAAGAACUAAUAGGAGAUGUCUUAAAACCAAUUGAAAUAAUUCCAUACCUUCCUAAACACUUUUAUUAAUGUUUCAAAUUAUACUCAUCUCCAGAGUAACUGCAAACUUUUUAUGAUUAAUAAAAUCAAUAUAUUAUUAGUCUUGACAAUUUUUUUAGCUUAAUAUUAAAAAGAACCAACCCUGAAUUUAUAUUUUAAGUUGAUUCAAUUGCCUCAUAACAUUAAAUUUUAUUCGAAAAUCUAAACUUUCAGGAUAUCAUAUGUUCCAACUGCAAAGAAGGAAUAUUAAAAUUUAUAAACAUAGAAGAAUAAAAAAAUAACAAUUUGAUGCGUCUCAACUCAAUAAAAAUGUAAGAUAAUGAAUGUGGACUGUUGAGUUGUUUAAUUAUAUCAUCUAAAAUGAUGAUUACGAACUUGAGAUAAUUCACAGAAAAAAAAUCACAAAGAUUAUUAAAUUAGAUUGAAAAUUACUAUGAAAAUAAGCUAACAACUGUGAAGCUUGAGUCUAGUUACUUUAAAAAUAAUACUGGCACAUAUGGAGGGGCAGCUUAUAUCUCUUCAAUAAGUGUACUUAUAACAUCUUGUUAAUUUAUAAUGAAUGUUGCAAAAGAAACGGGUGGAGCUAUUUAUUUUGACUAUUAAGAAUAAUCUUUAUUCUUAGUUUAUAAUUCCGAAUUUUUAAAUAAUUAAGCAAAGGUUGGAGGAGCUAUGUUUUUAAAAAACUAUGCAAUCCCUGACAAAGAUAAGACAAAUGUGAUUUAUUCAAAAAACAAAGCAUCUCUAUUUAGUGAUAAUGUAGCUAGCUUUCCAGUAAAACUAACUUUAGAAAUUGGUUCAAAAUUUAUGAAUACAAAAACCAUAGAGAAUAGCCAAAACUAAGUUAUUGAGCAGAUCGACAUUGAGAAAUAUUUCAUAGGUUAAAAGGAAGAAAACUUUCUAAUGCUUCCCAGCGGACAAGUUAUUAAAGAUUAUAAAUUUUUUAUUGAAUAAACCCAAGAAUACUUGCCUUUAAAUUUAACUUUUAGAAUAAUUCCACUAGAUAAAGGAAAUAGUUAAGUGAAAGCAUUAGAUGGAAGCAAAUGUACAUUGAAAGGUCGAUUGAUUAUUAAUGGAAAGGAAGGAGGAUUUUAGGAUAACUUUACUAGUAUAAAAGAUAUUGAAUUCAAUUAAACAAGUUAGGAUUAUAAUUUAGACUAAAUGAUUAUUAAUUUUGAUCCUGAUUAAUCACAUUAGAACUAUUUAUAAUUGGAAAUAAUUUGUGAUUCAGUGAAAAUUCCUAUCUUUGAUGAUCAACCUCCAUACUUACUCAAAUAUUAUUUGACAAAUUAUAAAUUAAGGGUGAAUUUAUAAACAUUCCCUUGUUAAAGGGGAGAGUAUAAAACUGUAUAAGGAACAUGUAAAUUAUGUGAUCCAAAAUCUUAUCAAUACAACGUAAGAGCAGGAGAAUAAUGUAGAAUAAAGGAUCCAAUCAGAAUGCAAAAUGUUACUUCAGCUAGAAUCAUGUUGAGACCUCAUUAUUGGAGACCCUAUGAGAGCAGUGAAAAUAUAGAAUAUUGUUUGAAUAUGCCUGAGAGUUGUGAAGGUGGAUGGACUCCUGGCAACGAAAUCUGCUCAUCGGCACAUAUAGGGGCUUUAUGUGAGCAGUGCGACCUUUAUAAUAUCAGAGGAUAAGGUUCUUAUUCUGUAAGCACAAUUUAUAAAUGUGGAAGCUGUGAAAAUGUUAGUGGUAACUCUGCAAAAGUAGCUUUAAUUAGUAUUUGGACAAUGAUCUCAAUUUUUCUAUCUGUAAAAGGUACAAUAGAAACAAUAGAUAAAGCGGUAAUUCAAUAGAAAAGAAUUUUAUUAAAAAUAGCCUCAGCGGACCCUAGAGCAACUCAAGGGAAUGUAUUAAUCAAAGUAUUAACCAAUUAUUUCUAAAUCAUUGGAGUGAUCUCUACGUUCUAAUUAUCAAUGCCAAGUGGACUAUCAACUUCUGUGAAAUCAGUUGGAAAUCCAAUAGAAACCAUGAGUUUAUCAUUAGACUGCUUUUUAGCAGGCAUCUCAGAUAUCAAUAUUAUUUAUUUCAGAAUGGUCUGGGCUUUGAUAUUACCUCUUAUUUACAUUCUAACAUUCGCUACUAUUUAUUUAUUGGCUGUUAGUUUUAAUAUAACAAAGUUGAAUAAGAGUGCAUUUACAACUUCAUCAAUCUAUUUAUUCACAUAUUUUUAACCAAAUUUGAUUGGAGGAUUGAUCUCUUUAUUAUCCUUUAGAUACAUCUCAAAUUUAUAUUGGAUUCAAGGUAAUGUUGCUUAUAGAUAUGAUACUAAAGAGCAUUUUAAUUGGAUUUUAACGUUUAUUUUUCCUGUCACAUUGGUUUUAGCAUUUAUUAUUCCUGCCUAUAUGUUUGCUAGUUUAUACUUAUAAAGAAAUAAACUGGAAGAUUAAAACACAAGAAAAAAUUGGGGAUAUUUGUAUAAUGAGUAUUCAAGGAGUGCUUACUUUUGGGAAAUAGUCAAAAUUUUGUAAAAAGGAUUUAUUAUUAUCUUUUUAACAUUUUAUGAAGACUUAAUCAUCAUAAAAGGAGCUUUGGUUUUUAUCAUUGUUUUUAUAUAUCAAUUACUGACUAAAAAGUAUAGACCUUACUAACUAAAUUAAUUAAAUAUUAUUGAUGAGUUUAGUACACUGAUUUGCGGUACUUCCAUAGUAUUAUCAAUUACCAUAUAUUAAGCUGACAUAUCAAACAGUUAAGAGAUAAUUCUACCAUUUUAUAUAUUUCUUAUUGGGUUAAACGGUGUAUUCAUUUUAUAUAUUGUAUGGGGAAUACUAUUGGCUUAAUUGGAAAAUUAACAAUAAAAUCUGGAUAAAAUAAGGGAUAAAAUCAAUAAAAGAUUUCCAAAUUUAAUAAAUUCCAAUUAUAUUCUAAAGAGACUUCUAACAAAUCGAGAAUAACAAAAAUAACGAAUACAUAUUAGAUUUUAAAAGAUAAGGAAAUAUCUAUUGGAGAUUGUUCAUUCUAACCCAGGUUUAUAUUAAAUGCACACCUAAAGCGAUAGCUAUCCAGAAAAACUAAAAACUUACGGUUUAGAAAGAAAUUCCGAUUUUGAAAAUGAAAUAAGGAAUUUCUAAGAAAAACCAAAAACUAAUAAUAAAAUUUAUCCUAUUGACUUUGAUCUGAAAUCAAGAAAUCUACAAGAAGAAAUUGAUAAUGAGAUAAUGAGUCAAUGA